AUGGAGAAAGUAAAAGAUUUUGAAUCAUUUGAUUCGAGCAAAAUUGGAUUUGGCUUAAGCAAUAAUAAUAGCUUCGAUUCGUUUAACUCUACCGAUUUUAAUUCGAUACGACAAUCACAAAUAGAUAAGCAUUUUGAAAAUUCCGCCACGCCAGCAUUUGUUAUGAUGUUAUCAUUGUCGGUGGCUACAUUUAUUGCUGCUUUUUUUCAGCGCUUAGCAUGGGAAGUUUCUGGUAUCAGGCAAGUUUUUCGAGUUAAAAAAGCUUACAUCCGGAAAUUAUUACACAUGGAUGUUGCAUGGCUUGAAUCACGACAUUCCGGACAAGUAGCUUCUAUGUUGCAUGACCAUGCAGAUUCGAUAUAUCAAGGUAUUGCUGAUCAUGUUCCCAUGGUUAUCUUCAUUUGCGCAUAUUUAUUAGUCACUUCAUCAGUUUGUUUCUACAUUCAAUGGGAUGUUACCUUAGUGAUGUUUGCUGCACUACCGUUACUUAUUGGAACAAGGCUUAUUUUUAGCAAAUGGUUUUGUAAAACACGUGAUGAGGAACAAAAAUUAUUGGCUAAAAUGACGAAUUUAGUGCAAGAGACAUUCUCGUGCAUACGAACUGUUAUUGCAUUUGCUGCACAAAAACAAACAGUUAAUAAAUAUGAACGGUUAACAAUUGAACUGAAUCGAAUGACGGAACAACGUCUCACUGCUUCAUCCAUUUAUGAUGCACUUGCACAGGUUCUAUUAACUGAAUUCAUUUUUACCGCAGCGUUAUGUUAUGGAAUGUGGCGUGUUAAUGAUGCCAAUCCAGGUCGUCUUGCUGCACUGGCAAUUAAUAUGCUAUAUAUGUGUGUUACAUCGAUUAGCAUCGGUUUCCAUAUGACUGGUGCAUCGACCGCUCGACAAAAUGCUAAUGAAAUGAAUGCAAUUUUAAUUGAAACACCAAAUAUUGAAUGUUACAUUAAUAAACAUAGUGAAAGUAUGUUAGCACCACGUGGACAUGGCGCUAUUGAAUUCAAGGAUAUCAGUUUUGCAUAUCCAAGUAGACCGGAUAUUGAGGUACUAAAAAGAGUGUCGUUUACUGUAGCAACAGGUGAACAUGUCGCAAUUGUUGGGCCAAGCGGAUCUGGUAAAAGUACAAUAACGGCGCUUAUGUUACGAUUUUACGAUCCAACUAAUGGAACUAUUACAUUGGACAGUGUUAAUUUGAAAAAACUCAAUCCGGACAAUUUACGUGCUCAACUUGGUUUGGUUAGUCAGGAACCAGUAUUAUUUGAUGGUACCAUAAGCGAUAAUAUUCGAUAUGGACGUCUAAAUGCAACACAAGCAGAAAUUAAUGAAGCAGCUCGAAAAGCAGAAGCUUGGCAAUUUAUCUGUGCUUUACCUGAAGGCAUGAAAACUCGUGUUGGUGACAGAGGCUUGCAAUUAUCCGGCGGUCAGAAGCAACGUGUAGCUAUCGCACGUGCAGUAAUCCGUGAUCCAUCCGUAAUGAUAUUUGACGAAGCGACAUCAGCGCUUGACACAAAGCAUGAAGUUGAGGUGCAAAGAGCUAUCGAUGCAGCCAGUCAAGGUGUUACGACCAUUACAAUAGCCCAUCGAUUGAGUACUGUUCGAAAUGCAGAUCGUAUAAUCGUUCUAGAAAGUGGACAAAUUGUAGAGGAAGGAAGUCCAGAAGAAUUGCUCAACAAUAAAGACGGUAAAUUUCACCGAAUGUAUAACGAUCAGAAGUUUGAUUCUUUGACCGUCGAUAAGUUAGCUGCAAAUCCACGUGCACGAUCAAAAGUUUCCUUAGCUGCUCAUUUUUCCAUGACACCAUCAGAUUUUAUCGAUGCCGAAACAUACCGUCGAGCAUGGGCUCGUUCAUCAUUGGGCGCUCAUAAACGACUUGGUAAAUCAUAUUCUGUACUCAGUAUUGAUCGUGCUAAAUUAGCCUUACCUGUAAUGUCGAAAAAACGCACUCGAAUGGAUACACCGUUUAAGACAAAUAUCAUGGAAGUAGCAAUGGAUGAUAAAGAUUACGAUGAUCAUAUUUCGUUCCCCGAAAAAACGACCAAUUUUAAUGCUAUUUGGAAUUUGAUUAAGAGCUACAAAGAUGGUUAUACACAACUGAGUGUGGCUAUUCCGGUGACUAUUUUGCGAGGAUUUUUUUUUCUGCUUGUUUGUUUUGAACUUUCAUCAGUACUUGAGAUAGCAUUAGCACCAAAUGAAGAAACAGCCCAACAAGUAUUUAUCACGGCAGCUGUUUAUACAGCUCUAAUUAUUAUUAAAACAAUGUUCGAAGCUGUUGGGCGUUUAUUUAUUGCAUUAUAUGGUCAUGGUUUUUGUGGUUAUUUACGAAAUAAAAUGUUUCGGAAGAUACUACGACAUGGUGCAGCAUAUUUUGAUGAAGAAGCUAAUACACCUGGAAGAUUGGUUCAUAAAUUGAUGUCUGAUACUGCGACACUUAAUAGGAUUCUUGGCGAUAAAUUGGAUUUACUUCUUCCGGCAGUUAUAUGCUCGACGGUGUCGGUUACAAUUGCAUUGCUGAUAAACUGGAAAUUAGCGCUCAUUUGUAGUUUUCAAUUUCCAGCUUUUUUCAUCUUUCGUUUUGUGGAAUUACGCGAAACAAGUAAACGACAGCGACAAAUGGCCGAUCAGGAAAAAAAAGCUGCUAAUCUAGCAACUGUGGUGUUAUCAAAUAUGAGUACGAUUAAAGCUUAUACGCUGCAGGAACAUUUCAACAAUAUUUUUUACAAAACAUUGAAACCUCUACAGGAAGUUGUAUUGUUGACACAAUUUGGUGCCAAUUUUAUCAGUCAACUGAUAGCAUCAGUGAAUGAUAUGUCGAAAGCGCGAGUAGCAUCGGGAAACAUUCUUAAUAUCAUUAAGGAAACCGCCGUUGACAUGAAUAAUUUGAGUGAUGAGGGAUUACGACCGAAAACUACUGCUCGAUUAAUGCUAAAGAAUGUCGAAUUUCGUUAUCCAUCUCGACCUCUUUAUCCUGUACUUCGUAAUCUUACUUUAAAAGUUCGACCAGGUGAUUCGAUAGCUAUAGUUGGCCCAUCAGGUUCUGGAAAAAGUUCCAUUUUAGCGCUAUUUCAACGUAUGUACAGUACCACAAAAGGAGAAGUGCUUAUUGAUAAUUACAACGUGAAGCAAAUCAAUCCAGCAUAUUUAAGACGUGUGGUUGUUUCAGUUGGACAGGAACCAACGCUUUUUUCAUUUACGAUUCGUGAAAAUAUCGGAUAUGGCUUACCGGAAGAUGAAGCAACUGAGGAAAAGAUUAUAGAAGCAGCAAAAAUCGCAAACAUACAUCACUUCAUCUUAUCAUUGCCACAAGGUUAUGAUACUGAGGUUGGCGAAUUUGGAGCUCAACUUUCGGGAGGUCAGAGACAGAGGAUUGCAAUUGCCCGAGCGAUAAUUCGAGAACCGCGGGUAUUGCUACUUGAUGAAGCCACUGCUGCACUCGAUACAGCAAGUGAAAAGGCAGUGCAAAGUGCUCUCGAAUCGGUUAGCAAAAAUUGUACUUGCAUUUACGUAGCACAUCGACUAUCAUCGAUAAGAUCAGUGAAUAAGAUUUAUGUAUUGGUUGAUGGCGAGAUUGCUGAACAGGGUACACAUCAGGAACUGAUGGAGGAGAAAGGCCUAUACUAUGAGAUGAAUCAAUCAGAAAUUUGA